AACAGUCCCAGCAUAACAUUCACAGUGUGUGGAGUCUGCAAACCGGAAGCUUGCAAGGGGAAGUAAUCCUAAAGUGAUGAGAAAUGUCGAAAGCAGAAAGUCUACGAAUUUCGCUUCAAAUUUUAGUACUGCAUAUCUGGUCUUGCUUAAAACUCUACCUCAUUGGAAUAUACGCAUUACUUAAAGAACUCACAGAGAAAACAGUUGUGCCAGUGUUUGAGGAUGCACAUGACGGGCAGGUUGCCAUAGUAACAGGAGGAGCAUCUGGCAUUGGAUAUCAAGUUGCCCGAAAAUUAGCGCUGAAAAAUCUCCAUGUUUUCAUAGCUGGAAGGAAUAAGCAGGAAGGCGAUGAUGCUAUUGCAAAGAUCAAAGCAGAACUGUCAACAGUAAGAGUUCAGUUUCUACACUUGGAUCUAGCAUCGUUGACAUCUGUCCGGUCAUUCGCCGAGAACUUCCUGCACACAGGAUUGCCCCUACACAUCCUGAUCAACAAUGCUGGUGUCAUGCUGGUUCCGUACAGUGAAACUGAAGAUGGACUUGAGACACACUUUCAGGUGAACUACCUGUCUCACCUGUACCUCACCUGGCUGCUGCUCAACAAGAUGAAAGCUUCAGGUGUACCGGACAGGUGUGCUCACAUCAUCAACGUGUCCUCUGUUGUACACUGGGUUGCUGAUGCCCCCGACAUCCAGCCAAGCCACACAAGCUUAUCCAAAUACUCCCCACAUUCGGCAUAUGCAAGUUCCAAACUUGCUGUGAUUAUGUCGACCUACAUCCUCAGCCAGUUGCUGAAGGGAGAUAACUCUAAUGUCACUGCCAACUGUCUCCAUCCUGGCGUGGUCAAUACGAAUUUGUAUGAAAAUAUACACUGGUCCGUUCGGUGGGUCAUGGAAAUAAUGCGCCAUCUGUUCUUCAAGGAUGCCAUUCAAGCUGCCAACAGUGUGGUGUACUUGGCACUGUCACCGCUGGUCGAAAGUCAUACUGGAGGUUACUAUGACAACUGCAAAGUCAGCCAAUCAAAGCACUGCACCUACUCCAAGACUUGCCAAUUUAAUUUAGAAAAAAUGUCUUGUGAACUUUUGGGUAUUCAGAGUUUGCAUCAAACAUCCUGACAGAAAGACUGCACACCAUUAUUGUAUACCUCAGAUAUUUAGCUCACCUGGUCCUAGUCCAGCAACACCUGAUAUGGUUCUCCUUUCUGUCAUUUGACUACACCUUAGAUUUGUUUGUAUUUCCGGAGGAUGACUUGAACAGAAACUGAUGAAUCCUUCAUAAAUUUUUCCCUCAUGAAAGAUAGAUCAAAUUCAAUGAUCAAAACUAGUAAAUAAUUAGUUUAAAUACUUAUCCAAUAGGUCAAUUUUGUCAUACAGUCAUUGUCUCACCAUCAGUAAUAAGCUGGUGAUUUUAAGACAUGAACCAUUUUUAUACAUCGUUUGGUGAAAAGAUCAAGUUUUCAGAAAACCUCCAAAAGCUAUUCCAUGUUUGUACAUGAAUAUGUGGGAUAAUACCAGGCAUACACUAUUUGCUGAUGACUCCUAUUAAUGUUGUGCUAAACAUGAAUACAUGUGUUACGAAGUUGUGACAUGAUAGACUGAACAAAGAAUGGUGUAUUCCAAGGACUGUGUCACAGAGAGAUCAAGGUUACAGCAGAUCCAAGAGGCCAUGUAAUUAAGUGUUUUUGCUUUUACCAAGCAAUGGUUUAUUUAACCUCAGUGUCACAGAAUAGUCAUGCAACAAAUGCAAGACAACAGUAUUCAUAGACAACACUAUGAAUACAUUCGUGUACAGAUUCAUAAGGGGGCGGUCGUGUUGCCUUGUGGUUAAAGCGUUCGCUUGUCACACCGAAGUUUCGAUUCUGACAUGGCUACAAUGUGUGGAGCCUAUUUCUGGUGUCCCCCGCCCAGAUAUUGGUGGAAUAUUGCUAAAAGCAGCGUAAAACCAUACUCACUCACUCAAAAGAAUGAGGUAGGAUAAGGCCCGUUUUGGCCCAUUGGAAAUGUCAACUUUUAUCUGACAGAAUACUUUGUAAUAAUAGUACAAAAAAACAUCAGACAUAUUCAGAUGGUUGACAACUGACAUAAUUUUACACUUCCAAGUUGGUUCCUUCUGUCAUUUUCAAGUACACAAGAAUGGCUAAAAUAUGUUUGUUGGUUUGUUUGUUGUUUAACGCUGCACUCAGCAAUAUUCCAGCUAUAUGACCGCAGUCUGUAAAUAAUCUUGUCUGGACCAGACAAUCCAGUGAUUGACAUCAUGAGCAUCGA